CGCAACUCUGAAUAAACAGGGUGAAUUUACAGAUAGAUGGAGCACUUGACCUCUCUAAGAAAAACGCAUCGUCGGAAAAUGAAACUCCUCAACGAAAGGUUUCAGGUUCCUUAGGGCCAUGCAUGGAAGACCAGUCGAGAUCGGAGAAGGAAGAUGGCUCUAAUGCCCCAGCGGUCUGUAGAGUCACGGUGUUGGAGAAGGUCCUGUCUUCACUUUGUUCUCAUCACAGACUGCUGCUCUAUCAUAUUUUAAAGGACGUGCAGGAAGAUUAUAACACCUCUGUAACUCUGCGGGAUGCUCAAAGAAGAGAACUUAAGGCUGGAUCCCUCUGUUCCCAUGCUGAUAAAAAAACACUUAAUGAGGCCCCAAUACUUUCAUUAAGUGACUGCUCAGUAAAUGUUGGCAUUUGUUGCAGAACAGCUUGUAGGCUUCCAACGUGUGCAUUUUCUCCUCUAUGCGUCUGUCUGAGGAACAUUCAUGGCCAUUCCUGCCAAAAUACAUCUAUGGCGUGUGUUGGCCAAGACAUCGGUUCCAACCCCACUGUUUGUUGUACUCACUCAAAACUACCCUCACACCAGCAUCAGCACAAUGGUGAUCAUACUUACAUUUCUCACGUAAGAGAAGCUCUUAUCACCCAUCGGGGUGAUUGUAGAUGUAAAGGAAGCCGUAGCCCCUCCCCACCACCACUAUCACCAAAGCCAAUGGACCUGGACUGUAAAAUAGCUGUGAAGUCCAGUCUCUUCCACAUUCAGGACUGCAAGUCCAUGAACAUGACACCUCCUUCUCUCCUACCUCACAGAACCGAGGAUGAAGAUACAGCUUUGUACUCUAACACUCUUCUAAGUAUGGGAUCUCCUGAUGCAUGCCGUGAAAAGGUUGUAAUGUUGCAUGCACAAGCAGAGAAUGACCACCAGUGUGGAUCAUUUAUAGGAGAUCUAAUGGAUCGAGUCACUGAGAAGCUCAGGAGUAUCCAACCUUCAGAGAAGGAACAAAAUCUCACGAACCAUGCCAGUCAAAUCUCCAAGACAGCAGAUGACACACAUUUGACAGAGAUUAUAACAACGGUGCUACACAAUAGUAGUGACAAAGAUUACAACCUUAAUGAGCUUUUAGAACAGCAUGUAGCCACAGAGCAGCGAUCCCCUCAGACACGUUCCCGUAAGAGACUGGAAACGUUAGUUGCCAUGAGCAAGUCCCCUGACCUUCCAUCAUCACGAAGACGGAGCUUACAAAUCAAAAGAGAUCUGGCCAGUCUUAGUCCAUCAUAUUUCAAGAGGAAUAGGGGGUUUGAGAGAGAGAGGUCCUUAAAAAUGGUUAAACCUGCGCAGCUAACAUACACUAUUUUUGAAAAAUCUGAAUGCAUAAAGUUGGACGGAAAAUCCAAGACUGUGUACACAGAGCCUGUAAGAGAUACCUUAGAAAAUCUGAAAACACAUGCACAAACUGAGACACUGAAAAAUCAAGAGAGCCAAGAAACUAAACCAAAUACUGUACGUCUUGAAGAACCACUGCCUCCAGAUGAAAGGCCACAAUUACAAACAACAGGUAGUGACCAGAAGGUAAAAGCGAAAACCUGCAAAAAGAAAAAUCAGACUCUUCAAGUUGGUAGAGCCAGACGAAAUAUAGUACCACCUCAGCGUUUCUCUUCCUAUGUUACUGAGCCACGAAAGAUGUAUUUUGCAGCCUGUUUUUCAGAAAGUUUAUUCAAGCAUUCCCCUAAGGACGGCACCUUAACAGCACUUAGCUCUUCAGAGGAAAUCUCCUGGCCAAGUCAUGUAUGUGACAAGCAGCCUUCUCAAACUAAGGAUGAACAAGAAGACCGUGAUCUACCACAGAACACAACUUCAUCGAAAGAUGAGAUUCUAUCCAUAAAAGAGUCACCAUGUGAGCUUAAGAGUAAUGGUAGGAAUCCCAAUAAAGAGAGUGCAAGAAAAAGGCCAUCCACCUUGCCAUCAAAAAGAUCUAAACGCCAUAGAACCAACAGUCUAAACACUGACCCACACAGUCCUACUGAAACUAUGUCUAACUUUACUACCAUUGAGAGUGCACAGCAGGCCAAAGCAAGCCUGUCUGGAAUGAAAUAUGAAAGUCCAAUAAAGCUCAUGUUUGUUUCCUCUGUGACCGGUGAAGAUGGUGUAAAAUAUACUCUCAAAGCAGCUGCCUCUGGCUCAAAUUCCCAUGGAGAGAUGUUUGAUCCAUGCAUGGAAUCCUCAUGGGCAGGCAGUGCCAUAGACAAACAUUUCCACAAAUCGGUCUUUGAAUCUCCGCCACGGAGAACAGUUGAGCGCAGUGGGAACAAGUGCACUUCACCGAAAGUGCUUUCACUCAAUGCAUUAUUGCCCGGUUGUUCAAGCAAAGAAAGUGGAAUCCAAGAAACACUACCAAGUGUACAUCAAACAACUCCAGUAAAAAGGCGUCCUGGGCGCCCCAAAAAAAUAGGACCACAUAUUGAGAAGUCUGUGAAACGCCCCAUUGGCAGACCUCCGAAACCCAAAACAACUGAUGUAAGUUCUUCCACUGGUACAAGCGGUUCCAGUGGAGUUAGUCAAAGAACAACAGAAAUGUCUUGUAAGGAUGAUGAAAACAAAAAUCUAAAAAUCACUAUAAUGUAUGGAAGAUCAAGAAGGGCAAAAAGAGUCGUUUCUGAAGAUUUGAGUAAUUUCCCAGCAGAGCAGCAUAUUUCUGACGUAUUAAAUGGUGGAACGGACAGUAAAACAUGUUUUGGAAACAUGAGUAGUAAUGAUCAAAUUACCAAAGAUCUCCAUUUUGUUAUGCCUAUUGAAGAGAGGAAAUGCAUCUAUUCUAGCAGCAACAUCAAAUGUCAAAGACUGAGUGACACAGCAGUGUCAAGAAAACCAGGAAGACCUCCAAAAGUCAAAAUUUCUGGGAUCUCUGUCACUGUCACCACAGGGUCGCCAAGGCAAAGAAAGAUACAUUUAAAAAGGGACACAAAAGAUAUACAAAUUCUCAGAAAGACACUUUGUGAUGAAUUUCAACUUUCUAAAGAUCAGGAGACAAUUGGCAUUCCUAAUAACAUUCACAAGGAUACAGGGGCUGCACCAAAAGAACAUAACCAGAAUACCAGAGGGCAGGUCAUACCAGUGAGGCAUUCGAUUAGAGAGCGGAAACCCUCCAUUCAUUUGCUCCACUCUGUAGCUACAGCCAGAUCCUGUGCAUUGGUUCGCAGGUCACGAAAACUACUGCUGAAUAAGGUUAGCUGUGAGGCCAGCCAGAAUACAAAGAACGCACAAGAGGAGCUCCCAAAAAAUGCACUUUCCAUAAAGACCAAGUAUGUCAGUCGCGAACAAGACAUUGUCCGUUUUUCUGCUGUUUCGAUGGACUCUAUUUUUUCACUGAAUGAGGACUUCAGGUGGUGGCCCACCUCUGCAUCACCUGAAACUUUAAAUGAAGAGUUGGCUAGGAGGAUCAGGCUAAUGUCCAGCACUUGGGUAUCAGAUGUCCCGGAGGCUAACAAGUCAGGAGAUGUUAAAACUGAUCUUAAACCGAAACCUUGUGAGAAGCUCGAUGGUUCUGCUGAGAAGUCUGCUUCUGCCAUCAAAAUGCUUUUUGAGAAAAACUAUAACAUGGAGAAGCUCUGCACUUGGUUUAUGCAGUCCACAGAAACUCAAUCCCUUGCGAUUGUAAAGAAAGCAACUGCAAGAAAUCCCAAGGACGUCUUUCACUACAACAUGAGCAGACCCAAUUGCAAAGUGAAUACUUGCCCAAGUCCACAAGCAGAGAGACUCAGGAAACAUGUCAAGAAAUUUGCUAAAGUCGUCCCAAAGAGUCCGUCAAUGCUCAAGCAAGCACAAGAAAUACUGUCAAAGUCAACAAUGUCACAAGCCAAGAGAAAACUUUUUAACACCUCAUCAUUUAAACCAAGGCAUGAAGAUAGGCAGCAAAUGCCUAUGUCUAGAAGCACAUGGGUUGUCUACAGAAAAUCUCUGCUAAAAGCAAAGCUAAAGUUUAAAACCGGGCCUAGGAUAAAAUUAGGAGGGCACACAUUUUUUCGUGACCAGAUGAGGACAAUGACUUCAGGUGCUAAGACUCUAGAAUUAUUGAAAGAAAUGCCCAACUUGGUAGACAAGACAUCCAGACCAGUAAUGAAAGUUCAAAAUGCAUUAAAGCUUCUAGUCAAAACUCCUCAGAAAAUGAUUGCCAAUAUUUCAAAGCAGAACAGAAUCAGCUCCCAAGCUUGGAGUCCAGAGUCCCUAAAGGAGUGCAGGGUGUUUCUGAAAAAGAUCAACUCCCCAAACACAAAGUCAAUGACAGAGGAAUGUAACAAUUGCACAGUAAAGCUAUAUGAUGAGCAAGAAGAGAAUGAGGAUGUUACAUUGGGAGUGUCGCCUCCAAGUACAGGUAACUCUCCAGUACAGCUGCCCUCAUCCCCAAAAAGCCCGAGCAAGAAAGGUAGAAAAAGGGGCAAACGGAAAAGUGCCAGCACAAGUCCAUCCCCUCCAACAAAAAUCAUCAGACAAUCAAGGCGCAGCAGGGGUGUCCUGGGAGCGAGGUGGUGUGACUUUGUGCUCGGGUCAUUGAAAUAACAUGGAACCAGUUUUGGGCAAGGCAUUUUCUUGAACUCUAACAUAAGGUGCCUUUCAUAAGGGGUCUGGCUGAGUAUCACAAGCAUUUUGACACACGACCUCGGCAAGCGUCAUGUAGCAAAAACAAACAAAAAAAUACAACUUUAAGACACUUUUUGCACUAUUUAAACUUAAUUUGUGUUUUUAUGUUUUAUGUAGCUUUAAAAUCUCCCUUAAAUUUUACUUUUGGUGCGGAGCAAGAGAAGAUCUAGUAGUUACAUGAAGGAGUACCAAAGGUCACAAGAGCAGUAUAUGGUUUGAUUUGCGUAACCUGUGACUUUGGAGUCUCAAGAGUUCAAGUUGAAGGCAACUUAUAUAAUUCUGGAAAAGACAAGUUCAUUUCUUUACAUUUUAUAAUAUUUGGCGUUGCAAGAGGUCUUUAAAUAGGAUUAUUUUAUUUUUGGUGAAUGUUUUUUUUUUUUUUUUUAAACCAUGUCACUCUUUUUAAGUUGGGAAUUUGUUUUAAAUCAAGUUUUAUGUACUGUUAAUGUUCCAUACAGAAACUGCCCAGAGUUGAAAAAGUACUAGCAAAGCAUUCUGAAAUUUGAAAAUGUGUAAUGUCCUCCAAAACAAAACAAUCCUCUAGUCCUGUAUUUAUUGAAACAACUCCUGUGAAUUUACUCUUUGCCAAGUUGUUUCUAAAUCAUUUAAGCAUUAAUUUACAUUCAGCUUUAUGUUCUCUUUGCACUACCAAACCCAGACUAGCUACCAGUUACAUUUUCUCAUUUCUGACUUAAACCAUUGUUGUAAUGUACAGUGUAUUUUUUGGUGCAAUGUUUUACUCUCACAAAGUUGUAAGAUUCUAUUUUCUUUCUUUUUUUUAUUAAAAGGUUUAAGAUGAUCAAGAGGCAAAUGUUUUACAUAUUGUUUCUUCAAUACAAGAACUUUUGUUGUGCAACUUUAAUUUCUGAUCUAUUGUAGUAUGUGAUGCCUACCUCCUGAAAUCUACUGGGCAUGGUCUAAACUGAUUAACCCAUUGUUGAAACCAUGUCAUUCAUUUAAGCCCCUACCAAAAACAUUAAAACUGGUUCUACAGCAUGCAUGUUUAGUUAUUUAUUUAAAUACUGUGAUGUUAGCUCUAGUUCCCAUCUGAUGUGCGUGUUACCAAUCUGUGGCUCUGUCCAUGUCAUCUUAGUUCAUUUAGGUUCUCUGUAACAAGACUGGCUUGCGUCUGUGCAAUACAAGUUAAGAACCACCUUAGAGGCAUCUUUUUUGAGAAAGUGUAUGUUCAUUUCCCACCUAGUUUAUUCUAUUAGAUUUAAACCAUUGUGUCUUGGUACUUGUCAGCUAGAGGAUUUGUUCUGAAACUGCUAAAAAAAA